AUGUCUGGCGCACAUCAAAGGAUAUAUAAACCAGCUUUCCAUGACCAUCAUACCCAACGCCACCGCUCCACCGCAGUCGAGAUGACCUCCGCCGCACCUCCGCCGCCUUCCGGCCGCUCUGUUUUCCUCGGCGUGGACGUCGGCACCGGAAGCGCUCGUGCAGGUUUAUUCGACAAUAAUGGGCGACUUUUAGGCUGUUCUAGUAGUCCUAUACAGAUUUGGAAAGAAGGCGACUGUGUUGAGCAAUCUUCCACCGAUAUAUGGCUUGCUAUUUGCACAGCUGUCAAAGCAGCGUGUGCUCUUGCAAAUGUUUCUGGAAGUGAAGUUACAAGUUUGGGUUUUGCAGCGACAUGUUCUCUGGUUGCGGUAGAUUAUGAUGGAGAGCCCGUGACAGUAUCAUGGAGUGGCGACACGAGGAGAAAUAUUAUAGUGUGGAUGGACCACAGAGCUGUAGAACAAGCGGAGAGAAUUAAUUCUUCCAAGUCGCCAGUGUUGGAAUAUUGUGGUGGGGCCGUGUCCCCUGAGAUGGAGCCACCCAAGCUUCUGUGGGUCAAAGAGAAUUUACAAGAGUCCUGGUCGAUGGCAUUUAGGUGGAUGGAUCUCAGUGACUGGUUAUCAUAUAGAGCAACGGGAGAUGAUACUCGGAGUCUGUGCACAACAGUCUGCAAGUGGACUUAUUUAGGUCAUGCGCACAUGCACCAGGUGAACGAGACAGGUUCUCGUGACAUGGAAGCUCUCGGGUGGGAUGAUCAGUUCUGGGAGGAGAUCGGUUUAGGUGAUCUUGUGGAUAGUCAUCAUUCCAAGAUUGGACGAAGUGUAGCUUUUCCUGGGUACGCUUUGGGUUCUGGUCUGACACCUGAUGCUGCAAAGGCACGUAUCGAAUUAGGUCUGGUGGCUGGGACACCUGUCGGGACAUCCUUAAUCGAUGCUCAUGCGGGUGGAAUCGGCGUGAUGGAAAGUGUGCCUGUGACAGAUAGAGAGAUAAAAGAAAAUGAUGGGGAAGAAAUAUGUCAUCGAAUGGUGUUAGUAUGUGGAACUUCCACUUGUCACAUGGCUAUUUCCAAGACCAAAUUGUUCAUUCCAGGCGUAUGGGGACCAUUCUGGUCAGCUAUGGUACCUCAGUAUUGGCUGACAGAAGGAGGCCAGAGUGCGACUGGUGCAUUACUCGAUUACAUAAUAGAUAAUCAUAUUGCUUCUCCACACCUGGCAAAUAAAGCUGCUUCUCGAUGCGUGUCAAUAUUCGAGCUUCUGAAUGAGAUAUUGGAAUCAAUGAAGAAAGAAUCUGAAAGUCCAUUUGUUGCUUCUUUGACUGCUGACAUUCAUAUCAACACCUUACUUGCAUGUGGUGGACUUACGAAGAACUCGUUGUUCAUUCAGGAGCAUGCAGAUAUUACAGGUUAUCCGAUAGUUCUUCCAAGGGAAAAUGAAUCGGUGCUCUUAGGGGCUGCUAUUAUUGGUUCUGUUGCUUCAAAGAAAUAUCCCACCGUGCGAGAGGCCAUGAAAGCACUGAACGCAUCUGGGCAGGUCGUGUACCCCUCGAAAGACCCAAAAGUGAGGAAAUAUCACGAUGCUAAAUAUCAGAUAUUUCGUGAUCUUUACAAGCAGCAGUUAUCUCACCGCUCAAUGAUGAAGGCUGCUCUUUCGUAG